UGGUGCCUGACAUCACAGCCAGACUCCACUCUGGAUUUGAGCCUCAUCCGCGAGAGGAGGCAGUCGGGAUCCACUGGCGACGCUGUGAGGUUGGAAAUUGACCGAAAUUUAAGGGAACUUCCUCUGAGGAUUCAUCAUCAUGCACACUGAGAGAUAUUGUCAAAUUGUGAUUCAGAGAAGAGGUACAGUGUGAUUCAAAUUCAAAAAUGAAUGAGCUCUCUAAGACAUCUCAGGACCUGGACACACAGAGAAUACAUAAAGCGUGGAAGUCCAGAAUACAUAACUUCAUCCACAGUCCAUUACCAUGGACGAAAAUUAACAGGCACGAAACAAAUGAAACGAGCCCACUGGGACAAUCUCUUGAGACGCUCCUUUCCCAGAAAUGUGGACAAACAGCAUUCCGGGACUUUCUGAAGUCAGAGUUCUGUGAGGAAAAUCUGGACUUCUGGCUCGCCUGUCAAGAAUUUAAAACCUUUGACAGUCCAGAGGAGCUGAAACGGAGAGCAGCAAGUAUUUAUGAGGAGUUCAUCAGCGUUGACUCUACCACGCAGGUAAACCUGGAUUUCUACACAAAAGAGAUCAUCAGCCAGAGUCUCCAGCAACCAAGUCCGUCAUGCUUUGUCGUGGCACAAAGGAAAAUCUACAGCCUGAUGGAGAACGGCUCCUUCCCACGCUUUAUUCAGUCUGAGCAAUACAAAGUCCUAUUUGAUGCAGCUUCUAUGCCGAGAGGCCUUCGAAAGCACAGAAAAGCCUUGAAGAUAAAGAGCACUGGAGUUCUAAUGCAGCACAAUUCAAAACCAAUCAGUCUGCAGAGUGAGCGCUAUCUUUGCACAAGGGCUGAUAUCAUGCAUGGUAAUGCCGUAAAGUGUUGCACAGACACCGGCUCAGGAGCUGCUGUUGACAGACACUGGGAGGGCACUUCCUCUAUCCUCAAAAUGUCACCUCAACAACAUAACCUGUGGGAGCACUGAGAGCUGUGUCAGUGAAAUGGACACAACAUGAUGCAGGCUGUGCACUGCUGAGUGUUGUGUGAGUUUGCACAUGAACAAUAUUUGUAAAAAAUAUAAAUGAUUUUGAUAAGUUUUUGGUGGUAAAUUUGCACAAAUUGUUCAACUGUUGCUCCAACUCAUAAACUGAUCAACUAGACUGUCUGUGUCGUCAUGGGCGUCAUAGAACUGCAUCCUGUGUACAGCUGGUGCGCUACUGCCACCCAGUGGUGACUGGGAAAACUUACAACCAAAAUUAAGUUAAGUAGCUGCAAAAAAAUGUAACGGUUGUGCGCAAUAGUGACAGAAAAAACGUUAACAAUGUUAUGAUAUUUAUUGUUAACUGCAGAUUAUUAUUUAUUAACUCCCUGAUUGUUCUUCACUUGAUGUCAGACACUGGCAGAGAAACCCUAACAAGAUGUAACCACCAGCAAUACUGAAUGAAUAGGUUUCAUCUCAACUCGACCCUGCUGUAUAUCAAAUAUCCUCGCCAAAUUCCACAAAUAAACCAGUCAGGUCAUUAUUUGAAAGAAGGGUCCCUGGUUUCCGGAAGCUGAUACCUGUCCUCUUCGUCCUGUGACUCGUCAAAUGUCCUCUGUGGAAAAGGCCUGUUGGUGGACAACAGUAAAACUAACUUGAAAAUGGAAACGACAUUAACAGGAUGGCUGCUGUCACAGGUGCAUCAUGGUGUCAGAGACCAAACAGGCCUCAUAUUGAGCAAUGGGUCACCUUCUCCUCUGUGCCUCCUUCCAUGUUGUGCAGCCUACCUGGGGCAUUUCUAAUUUGAUUAUGGAAAUAGUUGUUUAAAAAGAAUGGCAGGAGAAAAGGGAGGAAACAAAGUGAUAAAUAAUGUAGGAGGGCUCGGAGAGGCAUACAAACAUUGGAGUAGAAGGAAGUAGAAGCGAGAGGAUAUAUUUGGGCCAAAUGUACCAAAAAUAUAACUCUGACCAUGUCCAUCUUAUUACAUAAAUAUGAUUCUCUGCUGUGGACCGAAGACCCCACAUGUCAUCGCAGGUGUAUCUUACAGAUUAGACCUGCUCAGGUUGGAGUUGUGUGCAGCUAUGCUGGAUUUUCCUUGGAGACGUCAUUAAAAAAGAUAAAACAGGAGUCCCUCCCCAAAAAUGU